AUGAGCUUUGGGUUUUACAAGACCUCGAGUGAAAUCCAAGAAGAGCAUGAGAAGCUUUUCGUCUUUAUGAAUCCACCAAGGGUCACCGUGGACGACACUUCUUGUAGUGAAACCACUCUGAUAAAGGUUCACAGUGCGAAUAGGCAAGGGAGUUUGUUGGAAGUUGCCCGGGUGUUGGUGGAGUUGAAGCUAGUGAUCAAGAGGGCAUACAUUUGCUCCGAUGGAGAAUGGUUCAUGGAUGUGUUCUAUGUUGUGGAUCAAGAAGGGAAUAAGAUCUCAGACAGAGGAUUUGAAUGUGUACUUGCUGAACGAAUCUUAAAGUCGUUGGAAGAAGGGGAACUUCACCGGCGACCGGCCUCCGUAGACGUCCAAGGGGCCGGGAAGCUGACCUCGAUCGAGCUCGUCGGUCUCGACCGCCCGGGCCUGCUCUCCGAGAUCUCCGCCGUCCUCACCGACCUCCAGUGCAAUAUCGUGGCUGCCGACCUCCAGACCCACAACUCGAAAGUCGCGUCGGUGAUCCACGUCACCGACGCGGCCACCGGCGGCCCCGUCGCCGAAUCCGACCGCCUCUCCAAGAUCCGUCUCCUCCUCGGCAGCGUCCUGAGAGGGAGCGCCAGGACGACCUCCGCCGGCUCCUCCACGCCGACGAGCGACGAGAGGAGGAUGCUCCAGCUGAUGCUGCACGACGACGGCGGAUCCUCCGGUAUCGAGGGCGACCCGGAGCCGUCCCCGGUGACGGUGACUGUGGAAGAUUACGUCGGGAAAGAGUUCACGGUGGUGAACGUGCGGUGCAAGAACCUCCCCGAUCUCAUCUUCCACACCGUCUGCACCCUCACCCACAUGCAGUUCGUCGUCUUCCACGGCGCCGUGGUCGCAGAAGGGCCAGAAGCUCAUCAGGAGUACUAUAUCAGGAAGGAAAAUGGCAUCCCAUUUAUCUCCGAAGAAGAGAGAAUUCAGUUAGCCAAUUGUUUGGAAGCUGCAAUAGAGAGAGGAGAUACAAAGGGCAUGAGGCUGGAGCUCUGCUGCGACGACCGGCCGGGGCUGCUCUCCGACGUGACUCGCGUCUUCAGGGAGAAUGGUCUCUCGGUGUUGCGGGCGCAAGCGUUGACUAGGGGAACUCGAGCCAUGAACUACUUUUACGUGGUGGAUGCAUCGGGGAAUGCAGUGGGGGCGAGCCGCGCCGUUGAUGCUGCGAGGAGAGAAAUCGGGCUGGCCUUUCUCCAUGUCAGGGACGUUGCCGGCUCAAGGUGGUCGACGGAGUCAGUGGCAAAGGCCAAGGCAGAGGAGGGAGGGGCAGUGAAAGAGGAAUGUACAGUCAAAAGCAUUGUAAAGGGGUCACUUCUGCAGUUGUUUACUUGUGUAUCGAGUGGCAUGCGAGCCGCAAGGAACAUGCUUCGGAUGUGAAUAGUGUAGUAUUUCAUUCAAGUCAAAUUUAAUAAUAGAGGAGAUGAGUGUUCUAGAUAAUGACAAAACU